CGAUUGAGUAGACGGGAGCACAUCGACCGCGUUGUUGAUGCUUGUUUACGCGUUUCCCACACUUUGCUUUGACGAGAACAAAGCAAUUGAUGAUUCCGAGCGAUGCUGCUGGAUUUGCAGAGGGUAUAAUUAUUGUGUUCGAUGAUUUCUGUGGCCAGUCACUUACACAGUUUACCUGUGGACGCUUGAGAUGCCCAGUAUAAAUGCGCAGAAUUUCCUGGCAGAUAAGCAUCCCCACUUCAAAGUAAUCAAUGUCUAACUCUACUACACUGCACGUGAGCCUAUACCAUUGCCCUGGCCUCUUUGCAGACGCUCCCGCCGAGUCCGAUACCACCACAGACUCAGAAGACCAGCACACCCUCACUGCUUUCAGUGAUGUCAGGCGUCCGUCGUUCCCUAUGAAGCAUACGAAUUUUAAAGAAGGGGAGUUCGGUCUAAUGAGCCCGGCUAGCAAAUUCUUAAAGAAUAAACCAUUGGUGUCUUCACCGUCACAUCUAUCCCCUUCCUUCUUUGUCGAUGCUUUGAAGAACUCUCUUCGAUCGGGCAAGCAACGUGCUACUCAGCGCUCACAAUUAGACGCUGUUGAAUCAGAAACCGGACCUCGUGCGACUGCCUCCCCAGGGUCAGGAGAGCGUAGCUCCAGUACUUCAUACGACUGCGAACAGGGGCAGUCAGUUAUCGCGAAGGCGGUUCCUUCCGUCGCCGAUGUUCCUGAACCAGCCAACGGUUGGAAGAAACUACCUCCCAGGUUGCCAAUUCCGAAUCGGGACGUCGAUGAUUGAGAGGUUCGCGCCUCUUGUUCAUCAAUGUAGUUGUACUGUAACCGUGCUGUAUCAUACAUACCCAUUUUCAAGACGGUG